CUGAGAUGUGUGUUAUUACUGAAAGCAGGUAGUGGGAUGGAGAAGAAACAGGCCCUCCGGAGCUUUGUAGACAGCACGGGGCUGGAACCAGACCUUGCCGCCGGUAUCUUAUCUGAAGUUGGCUGGGAUGUUGGACAGGGGAUUCGGAGAUUUGAGGAUUACAUUAGAAUGGGUAGGAUAAAGCCUGUCUAUCCCCCACCUCAAGUUUCUGCUGGAUGGACUGAUGGUCCUGCACAGAGACUUCCAGGGGGAAUACCCAGACCAGGGGACAGGAAACCCACCCAAAACUUACCAAGUCAUACCUCUGGUACCCAGUGGGCUGAUCCUUACGGAGAGGUGAGAAAUCCCCCAGUAGAACGCAUUAUCCCAAUAGAGAGGAUGCCUGACAAAGGGCACAGUAUGAUGCUCCCUGUAAAUUCUACACAGCCCCUAGUCCUGCAACAUUCUAUGCUGAAUCCCCGAAUCUCUGCUCCCCCUGCAGUGGCCCCAAAACCUCUGACUCAUUCAUGGUCAGCUGGCCCACCCCCCAUCAGCACUAACCCCCCUGGACCUAAGUUAUUGGACCCUCAUCCCUCUUCCUCAGCUUCUCAGCAACAACUAGUCAACAUUAGGCCAACCACCCACACAUCACAGGUAGCCAGUACCAAGUCAACAAAUCAGCCAAAAAUUAGUAAUAAGUCAGUCACCCAGCCACAAGUUGGCAGUCAGUUAGCUACUUCCCAGUUCCCGGGGAAUACCAAGUUAUACAGUACUGAAAACUCAAAACCCUCAGUCAUGGCAGGAAGUGGUGGGGAGCCAGUCAAGACCACCACCACAGGUAAACACGUAACAGCAUCAUCAACGACAAAGACCGCUGUACCAUCACAACCAGUUACAACAUCCACCCAUAUGACGCAGCCAGUCACAAGAUCAACAGCGUCAACCACAAAGACUGCUGCACCAUCACAACCAGUUAUAACAUCCACCCAUGUGACCCAGCCAGUCACAAGAUCUACAGCCAUAAGUAGUCAGAGUACAACCACAAUGAAUGAACUUUCAAAAAAAUCAGCAGCAGCAGACACAAAGGCUGUGACACCAUCUCCACCAGCUUCUCCCCGACCUCUGAAGCGAGGAUUCUCUAAAAUUGUUGAAAAUGAGUCGCUGGUGGACCUGGCCAGAAAGGGCCUGAUGGAUGAUAUCUCUGAGGACAGUCAUGACCACAUGUACGUCCAAACGUUUGUUCUUCCAGACCUGACUGUCUUCUCUGCAGAUUAUCGUGCCUUCCUGGAGAAAGACUUGAUUGAGACAUCGACCCUUGUAUCACUGGAACAAGCUGGACGUCUUAAUUGGUGGGCAGAAAUGGGAAUCUGUCAGCGAUUGUUGCCAAUGGCAACCACAGGAGAUGGAAACUGUCUUUUGCAUGCUGCAUCUCUAGCGAUGUGGGGAAUCCACGAUCGUCAGCUGAUGUUGAGGAAGGAACUCUAUGAAACCUUGACAAAGAAGCCGUACAGACAUGCUUUAUACAGGAGGUGGAGGUGGCAACAGACACUACAGAAUGAAGAGGCUGGUCUAAUAUUCUCGGAGGAAGAGUGGCAGACAGAGUGGAAUAGUGUACUGAAGUUAGCCUCCACCAAACCUCGGCUAUUACCGGGUAUUCGGCGGAAUAGCAGCUGUUGUGACAGCCCCAUAACUAACUCCAGCGAGUACGUAACACCAUGCGAUGAGAAUUCCCCCGUGAUUUAUGAGAGCUUGGAGGAGUUCCAUGUGUUUGUGCUCUCCCAUAUCUUACAACGCACGAUUGUCAUUGUGGCUGAUACAGUACUAAAGGACUCGAUGGGGGAGGCUUUAGCCCCUAUACCAUUUGGAGGGAUUUAUCUCCCCUUGGAAUGUGAACCUAAGACCUGUUACCAGUCUCCUCUGCUGUUGACUUAUGAUGCAGCACAUUUUUCAGCAUUAGUUCCUAUGGAAACAGAUGAAAAAGACAGUCUUUCAACUGCAAUCCCAUUGGUUGAUCCCUCAUUGAAGAUACUCCCGAUACAUUUCUUAGUAGACCCUGGGCCUUCAUAUAACUGGGAAACCAAAAGCAGUGCCCCAGAAUCUCAAAGCAAAAUGGUGUACAGCGAAGAGGACAGAAUAAACUUACUGAAAUCUUAUCUACAAAUAGAGCGUCUUCCAGCCACCCAUCUGGAGUAUGAUAGCGAUUGUGACAGGAGAAGUGGAGGUUCUUUUGAAUCUGAUGAUAACACGAAGAAAAAAGAUAAACAGAGCUCACAGCAGGGCACUGGUGUCACCAAGCAAUUUGGGAGUUUGGGAAAAAGUAUCAACAAAAAGAUUAAAAAGAACUUUGGCAGUGUUGGGAAGGCCUUGAAGAGCAUGGGACCAGAGCAGAAAUUGAAUAAAAAAGGAUCAGUGGGUAGUGGACUAACUCAAAGUACACGUGUACCCAUGACUAUAGCAGCCAUGGCUGAGCAGGAACAGUCAUUGGUUCUCUGUGCCAAAGUCUCCACAAAGCAGACUGAAGUGCACAAGGAAAUGAUCAAAAAUUACAUGUUGGAUGCUAGGCAUCAAUUCCAGCAGGACAGACAGAAGAUGCAGGCAAGAGGUGAGGAGAUACGCAGGCGAUCCAUGGAGAUCGAUAGAAACAACGAAUGUAUUACUCCAGGCUGUAAGAUGUAUGGUAACUUUGAGACUCAUUACAUGUGUUCCAAGUGCUUUAAUGACCACAAGCAGGAAGCUGAGAUGCAGGAAAAGUACAAAAGUGGAAAUCACACAAAGGGGAAGACAGAUGGUGUGGAAAGUUAUGGGAAAUCAAAGUUUUAUUUACCAACAGAGGAGGAGGAUCCUAAGGGCAAUAAAACAAAUACCUCAACUGCUAAUCCCGUCCACCUGACUCCCCAAACAGUUAAUCUCCCGCCUGAGAGAACCCAGGCUGAGGUCAGACCACGCCCACAGUCCUUUUCCCAUGGCAACACGACAAAGACAGUUCCUGUGGCAGAGACAAGGGAUAUCCGCUCAUUGUCAAACCCACUCCGAGCUCGCACGCCAUCACCAGAUUAUGACAAUGUGGACUAUUCAUUCAGACUCAAGGAGAUUCCUGUCACUGUGACCAAGCCCACCCCCACAUCUCCCCAGUCCAACAGACGACCUGCAUCAGACAUUGUCAAACCUGUAGAUCGACCCAAAGCUGCUAAAACAUGCAAAACCUCUGGCUGUGCUUUUUAUGGAAGUCCAGAACAAAAUGAUUAUUGUUCUGCGUGUUAUAAAAAAAUGAAACAGAGACUGGAACAACAACAACUCACACGAGUUUGAUACUAGGUCAUUAUUUAUAUCAUCUAACUCAUGUUAUUAGAUUUGAUACUCAAGGUAGGGUCCAGAUGUUAGAUUUGAUACUCAAGGUAGGCUUAAUAUGUUAGAUGCUCGAGUUAAGUUUAGAUGUUUGACUUGAUACUUGCACUUUGGUUGAGAUGU